AUUACCAAAAUUCUAAACUUGGUGUUUCAUUUCUGGUUUAUUUUUUAGUGAUAAAUAACUGCUGGAAUCGUAUAGAGAACGGUUCAAAACAUUGUUUUUAUCAAGAAAUAGCAGCUGUGCUGUUUUUGUUCGAUUACGCUUUUUCGAAUGGCUUUUACACAGUGGCGACGUUUUACGUUCUUUAACAAGCAAGCAGUGCCCACUAACGUGGCUGGACGAUCAUGGGACACUGUACGAGAUGCAGAGAUGGCGUGUUCUACUUGUGGCAGAGGAGUUCUGAUUUUCGGAGAUAGCAAUGGUUUUGUUCACAUGGUGAACCAUAAUUUCCAAGUUUCCACUUUCAAAGCAUUUGCCAUCACUGUUCUACACCUCUUCCAAUUAAAACAACACAAUAUGCUCGCAGCAGUUGGGAUUGAUGAGGAUGGUGUGAAUCCAGUGAUAAAAGUUUGGAAUAUGGAUAAGAAGGAUAAGUUUGGAAACCCAUUUUGUUGCAGAAUUCAACGUACUAUACCAGCCAGUAAUACACCAAGCAUGGUGACUUCAUUUUGUGUUCAUGAAAACCAAAGUUUCAUGGCUGUUGGAUUCGCUAUUGGAUCUAUUGCUUUAUAUAAAGGAGAUAUUGCUAAGGAUAGAACCCUGAACCGGACUGUCCAUUUAAUGAAUGAAAACGAAGGACAAAUAACAGGUCUUAGUUUUCAAGGCACUGGGAAAGCAUGUCAUCUGUUUGCAACAACAGAAAACUUAGUUGUUUCGUUUAACUUGCAAGAAAAGCUGCCAAAGAAGAACGUGCUUGACCGUAGAGGAUGCUCUUUAUUCUGCAGCACUAUGUCCGACAUGGUAAUGGACAAUCACUUUAUAGUCACAGCUUCUGAUGCAGUGUAUGCUUAUCAAGCUGAUUCAAGAGGCCCAUGCUUUGCUUUUGAUGGUGAAAAAUUAAUGGCAAAGUGGUUUAAUGGAUACCUUGUUCUUGUUUAUAAAGAUAAGGCCAAGAACUCCAUUCCUUCUUCCAGUUCUAUGAAAAUACCGGACAAGAAUAUUGUUACAAUAUAUGAUGCAAGUCAAAAACUUAUUGCAUAUUCUUCGCCACUACCUGGUGUACAAGAGGUGUUAUAUGAAUGGGGAUCAUUAUUUGCACUUGUUGCUGAUAAUAACUUGAUUUGUCUGCAAGAAAUCGACAUACAGCAGAAACUAGAGAUGCUGUUUAAGAAAAACCUCUAUUCCCUGGCUGUUAACUUGGCUAAGAGCCAGGAUUUAGGAAAAGAUGGUUUGGUUGAUAUCUUUACACAGUACGGUGAUCAUUUGUACAGCAAGGGUGACUUUGAUGGUGCUAUAGCUCAAUAUAUUAAAACCAUUGGCCACCUGGAACCAUCAUAUAUUAUUAGGAAGUUUCUGGAUGCUCAACAAAUUCGUAAUCUUACAUCAUACCUGCAAGCAAUGCAUGAGUUGGGACGAGCCAAUGAAGACCACACCACACUGCUGUUGAACUGUUUCACCAAGCUAAAGGAUGUAGAAAAUCUCAACAAGUUUAUCAUGACUCCAGAGACAGAACUUCACUUUGAUGUUGAAACUGCAAUCCGUGUUUGUAGACAAGCUGGUUAUUAUAAACAUGCUUUACAACUGGCUGAGAAACAUCAUAAACACAAGUGGUAUUUGAAAAUCCAAUUGGAAGAUACUCACCAAUAUAGACGUGCAUUGUCAUAUAUACGGCAACUGCCUUUCAAAGAGGCGGAGAACAGUUUAAAAAGAUAUGGGAAAACUCUGGUGAACAACACCCCUGAAGAAACAACUGAGCUGCUGAAAUCUUUAUGUACAGACUAUCAGCCUUCUAACCACCCAGAUCUUGGUCAUCAAAGUGGAAAUGUUUCAAAAUCAAAUGGAGUCGAAUUCAUUCAUAUAUUCGUGAACAGUCCUAAUAUGCUUGUUAAAUUCCUUGAGCAUUUAAUAAAGGUACAGGACAAAGCACCAGAAACAGUUUACAAUACUUUGUUAGAACUCUACCUUCAAAAGAUGAAUGAUCCAGCUGAAACUAAGAGUAAAUCUGACCAAGAAAAGCUCACACUGAAUCUACUAAAGGAAAUAUCGUUGAAAAAAUAUGAUACAGACCAAGCUUUACUACUUUGUCAAAUGAGUAACUUUAGGCCUGGUAUCUUGUUCUUGUAUGAGGCCUGUGAACUGUACCAACAGAUCCUACGUUAUCAUAUGGACCAUGAAUCCCAUGGUUUAGUUGUUGAGACUUGUAGGUCUUAUGGAGAGAAAGACCCAACAUUGUGGCAACAAGCACUUACAUAUUUUGCUAGACAAAGAGAUGUGGAUUGCAGACAGCACAUCACACAAGUCCUAGCUCAUAUUGAAAAGCAUAAUCUGGUUCCACCAUUACUGGUUAUUCAGAUGCUUUCAAAGAAUUCUACAGUUACUUUGGGAGUUGUUAGGGAUUAUAUAUUAAGAAGGGUUCGACAGGAAAGUGAAGAAAUUGAAAAAUGUGAAAAAUCAAUUUCUGAAUAUCAAGAACAAACCGAAGAUAUGAAAAAACACAUUGAACAAAUGAAAACAAGUGCCACAAUAUUUCAAGAAACAAAGUGUGCAGCAUGCUCUUAUGAACUUGAAUUACCCGCUGUACAUUUUCUCUGCCAGCAUGCCUUUCAUAUGCAUUGCUUUGAAAGCUAUGCUGACAGUGACACAGAAUGUCCUGUGUGUUCUCCAAAAAAUCGAAAGAUCUUGGAAAGUUUACGAGAACAAGAACAGACUCUUGCAAGUAGUAUGGCAUUGCAUGAGCAAUUCAACAAUCAACUGAAACGUUCUACAGAUGGUUUCUCUGUAAUUGCAGACUUCUUUUCCAAAGGAGUUUUUAACAAGAUUACUUUGGUAACUGACAGCGACUCAAGCUCAAAGGGAGCAUCUGGUGGCCCUGGAUCCCAUGGUAUUGAUCCAACAUUACAGAAAGAGUUGUUAAUGAUGCAGCAAGCAAACCGCAGAUAAUUUAAUUAUUCCCCUACCAGUUCUAUUGCAAUUACUCAUUGAAUUGAAUAUAUAGACAGUAUAUCAUGUGUGAGCCAUUUUUAAUAUAUAGUAGGGUGGGGGAAGAGGGGACACGGACACCUUUAGCAUAUUAUAUGGUAAUAUCCUGAUAAGGUUUUAAAUAAUUAAUAACGGUCUAUGGGAGUUGUGAGGAUACGAUUUUAUAACUCUUUGAGUUGACUACCAAAUGGAAAACCCAUCUUCCUCCACCCUACUGUAUAUACAAUUCUAAGCCUAUACACCCAGAGGUUUUGGGUUCAAGGUGCUUCAAUGCUACCAUUGUGGGCGAAUGUGUCUUUGGGCAGGACAUUUAACGCUAAUUGCUUCAACCCAGUGGUCACUAAUGGGUUGUCUAAAUUGGCAGUCAUUCAUAAAAACUAAAAAAAAUUAAAAAAACUGUUUUACUAGAACUAUAUAUUAUAAUAAAUUCAGUUUAUAUUGUAAGGUAUUCACGUAUUAUACUACCACUACCCAAUAAGUAAAUCACAAACUGAUUCAUUAUAAGUAAUAAUAUAAAUCAUCCCAUUAAACAUUACAUAACUAUUUACUUGAUUUUCUGCUUCGGAAAUUUUUGUAAUAAAAUUCUCAAUGUUUAUUUAUCACAAAACAACUUUGGAAAAUAUUAUACAAAUGUUGUUAUACGCCUUGUUCAAUUCUUUUGUUGUUGUGCAAUUGCAAUAAAUAUGUAACCUAUCUAU